AUGUCGCGAAGUUUUUUCGUCGACUCAUUGAUUGGGAAUACCUCACCGCCCGUGUACCCCUUGCCGUACUACGGGAAUCAGCUUCCAAAUUACAUGUUCAACCUCUUCAAUCUGGGUCUGGGAUAUCAGCCGGUGAGACCAGUUCCAAGACCUCCGCCUAAUUGUCUUCCGGCUAGCCUGAAUCCAUCCGGAGUCGCCCGAGCCGUUCAUCCUGGACACAGUCCCCCCUCGCCAGCGCGAAACGCCCCCGCCAGCAGAGUAUCAGAUGUGUCAGCAUCGAACGAAUCCACGUCCAGAGGUAGCACGCCAACCCCGCCGCCAAAGUCCCCAAACUUGGCGAACAACAGCUCGAAGAGAAUACGCACCGCGUUCACAAGUACGCAGCUCCUCGAGCUUGAACGGGAGUUUUCAUCGAACAUGUACCUCUCCCGGUUGCGGCGUAUCGAGAUAGCGACGAACCUGCGACUUUCCGAGAAACAGGUGAAAAUCUGGUUCCAGAAUAGACGGGUCAAGUAUAAGAAAGAGGAUUUGCCGGUAGGCCAAAGUCCGAAAUGCUGUUGCCUGCGAACCUGCGGUAAGAAGAAGGGCUGCGUCGGGGAUGAGGGUAGGUAUGCCGAGGAGAAGGCCGUGGUACACGCCCCUCCCGAACCUCUCGUAAGGUCCCGGCGGGAUACCGAUCGGCCAAAUUCGCAAUGCGGCGCAAAAUGCGAAGAGAGUGAAGGGACCGAGGCUACGGAGACCCAUGGAAUUUCCUUGCCGGCGUACAAGCAGCACCGACACCGUCACGCCUUACAGGGAACACCCUCCAACGAGGGAACCAGUCUCGGCGGCUUCGAUCGACGGAAUGCUUAUCAGCCCAGCAGCCAGAACUCAAUAUCGUCCGGGGUUCCGCCAUCGCCCCGACCAACGACCCCCCACGAUUAUCCUCCUCGUUUCGGUGAUAGCUGCGACCUGUCGCGUGAUACGAAACAAUUCCCCGUGUCACCCGAUACGCCUAUGGUGAAAAGAUACAAGAUCGACUCACCCCUACUGAGUUCCGACGAAGAAACGACGGCCUUAGCGCCCCUCUUUCGAGCCGUCAAUUGCACGAAGCACACGGUUGACCGCAUCGUCAACUCGUAGUUUUC